AUGCCCAAUUUCGUCGUUUUAGUACCACGUUUGAGCAUAACUCUUAUGUAUCGGAGUGGAUAUGUUGCAAUGCAAGCCUUUGCCCGUUUAACAAGUGGAGCAUCACUGAAAAUAAAUUUGUGUGGAACUGGAAAACAAGCUGGAGCAGCCGUUGGAUUCGAGUACGUGGAAGUCCUGACUGACGACUCGACCCUGCCGCCUACCGCCCCAGGAUCCACCACGACCACAACCCCUGAGCCUACAACCACAACCCCUGAGCCUACAACUUCAACCACUGAACGUACAACUACAACCCCUGAGCCUACAACUACAACCACAGAACCUACAACUACAAACCCCGAGCCUACAACUACAACCCCUGAGCAUACAACUACUACAACCCCUAAGAGUACAACUACAACCACAGAACUUACAUCUACCACAACCCCUGAGCCUACAACUACAACCACAGAACCUACAACUACAAACCCCGAGCCUACAACUACAAACCCCGAGCCUACAACUACAACCCCUGAGCAUACAACUACAACCACUGAGCCUAUAUCCAUCACAACCCCUGAGCCUACAACCACCACAACCACUGUUCCUACAUCCAUCGCAACCCCUGAGCCUACAACCACAACCACUGAGCCUACAACCACCACAACCCCUGAGCCUACAACCACAACCUCUGAGCUUACAACUACAACCCCUAAACCUACAACCACAACCCCUGAGCCUACAACUACAACCCCUGAGCCUACAACUACAGCCACUGAGCCUACUACAACACCUGGGCCUACAACUACAACCACUGAGCCUACAACCACCACAAUCCCUGGGCCUACAACUACAACCACUGAGCCUACAACCACCACAACCACUGAGCCUACAACCACCACAACCCCUGAUCCUACAACUACAACCUCUGAGCCUACAACCAUGACAACCCCAGAGCUUACAACUACAACCACAGAGCCUGCAAUAACAACCUCUAACCCUACAACUAUAACCUCUGAAUCUACAGCUACAGCCAUUGAGCUCACAACUACAACCCCUGAGCCUACUACUUCAACCACUGAGCCUACAACUACAACCAUUGAGCUUUCAACCACCACAAACCCUGAUCUUACAACUACAACCACUGAAAUUACAACCACCACAACCCCUGAUCCUACAACUACAACCUCUGAGCCUACAACCAUGACAACCCCAGAGCUUACAACUACAACCACAGAGCCUGCAAUAACAACCUCUAACCCUACAACUAUAACCUCUGAAUCUACAGCUACAGGCAUUGAGCUCACAACUACAACCCCUGAGCCUACAACUACAGCAACUGAGUCUACUACAACACCUGGUCUUACAACUACAACCACUGAAAUUACAACCACCACAACCCCUAAUCCUACAACUACAACCACUGAGCUUACAACCACCACAACCCCUAAUCCUACAACUACAACCACUGAGCUUACAACCACAACCCCUAAUCUUACAACUACAACCACUGAAAUUACAACCACCACAACCCCUGAGCCUAAAAAUAAAACCAUGAUCACGGCUGUUUCUACGGCCACCCCAACCAAUCCCAUUACAACGCUCUACUCGUCCCGGGUCGUGUACAGCGAGCCAGUAGCUGGCGGUGGGGGUAGGAGAUCACUCCUGCCCAGGGUAGGGUCAAGAACACAGCCGAAUUCCAGAAGCCCGCAAAGAGCACUGGGCGACUGGAAGUCUCCUGAGCAUCAAGAACACGACAACAGUACUUUUAUAAGGAAUGAGUCGCCUUAUGAGUCAAGGCAUUACCGCAGGAUCGAGAGAGCGAGUAACCUGGGCAGCUGGACGAGACGGGUACCGCAAAGCCCUCUAGGGACUAACCUAAGCCAGCCUGCAAGGCGGGACUGUCAGUCGGCAGACGACUACGGGAGAAGGAUUCCAGACAAUGGAUUUAGAAUACAUCAAUGA